AUGAGUCAAAAUCGCAAAAGUACACAAAGGAAAACAUCGAGAUUAUCAACUGAUAGUAACAAUCUAUGGCAAAUUAUUGAUCAGCCACCAUCAUCAUCGUCAACUAGCACAGCUGUUCGAAGACCAACUUAUCCAAAUGUACCAAAACGAGCGCAACGAUUACCAUCGAUUAAUGAACAUGCAUUAAUACAAACAGAUUCUAGUAUAUCAUUCGUACCAAAGAAUAAACAAUCACACAAAUCAGAUGACCAUGGACCAACAGCAAAUGCGUAUACUCGUUUGAAUUUAGAUUUAAUUAGUAAAUAUACAAUGCCUCAAAAUGAAACACAACCAUGUCCGCUAUCACCAACAGAUAAUGAAAAUCAGAUAACAAGAAAUCCGAAAUCCAAAUUCAAACGAACGAUAUCUGCACUCGAUGAAAUGAAUCAGCACAAUCACGACUCCAAACGAGCGAAAUCUUCUGAUGAUGAUGAAGAUGAAGAUGAAGAUGAACUAUCUCAACUUCUUGAUCAUCGACAUACAAAACGGAUCUUUUCCCAAUCAACAAUUAAUGACGAUGAUGAAGAAAGAAAACCUCCAAUACGAAAACCAACUGCUCGGAAAUUAAGUAGCACACAACAACGACCGUUUCUCAACAACAUACAAACACAGCCUGUGAUAGCAACAUCGUAUCAUUCGCCUGGAACUUUAAUGAUCGAACCUGAUUUGGACACUGAAGAUGAUCAUCUCCUAGAUCAAGAAGAUACACAACCUUCACAUAAAAGUCAUAGUAAACUCGAAGAUUUAUUAAAUCGCUCUCUUCCUACUGAUGUGAAUCUGCUUGAUUCCUUAACUCCAUCUUUAACUCAAUCAUCAAUUCAUAAAGAUUAUCAUUCAGUUCGUUCACCGUUAUUCAACACAUUCAAACGAGCGCUCGAACCACCAAUUGAUCAUUCUUCUCCAUGUUCAAAUGGAAUAGAUGGAAGACAAUCAACUACCUCGUCAGUCUCUUUAUUCUACGACACACCACGAUCAUCGUUAUCACGAACAACAACAAGUAAUACGAAUUCAACACCAUCAAUCAUUAUCAAACAUGAUCGUGAAACGCAAAUAUCAGUUCCAUCCAAUAUUGAUCUGAUCGAACAGUUAAUUCUUCAAACUAAUCUUCAUAUCAAUGAAAAUUCAAAUGAGAUCGAUUACAAUCCAAAUGAAAUAGCAAAGAAAUUCUUUCAUCAAUGCGAAUCAUUUUCUACCAUUCGCAAAUAUCCAGCAGGCAACAUUUCAUUCCGAAAACAAUUCUUACACUUUGGCCGAUACGAAAUUGAAGUAGAAUAUCCGAUUGACAAUGACAAAAUGCCAACGAUUUACGCAUGUGAUUCAUGUUUGAAACACUUCUUCGGAAGUUCAAUAGCAUAUCAACGUCAUUUAUCAAAAUGCUUGUCAAGUCAACCACCAGGUAAACUUGUCUAUAAAGAAAACGAUUUAGCCAUCUUCGAAAUCGGCAAAACGAAAAUGACAAUGGAACAAUGUAUUUAUAUAAAAUCUUUACAUCGAAUUACUGGAUUAUUUCUUCACUCGGCCAGAACUAUUGAUGAUCGGAAUACUGAUCGAUUUACUUAUUAUAUCUUAUGUCGACGAGAUCCUAUCUUAGCACAGUCUCAGUCUUCCAUCUAUCGUUUCCUUGGUUAUUUUUCUAAAGAAAACAACGAAUUUGGUCACAUCUUAGUCAAUAAUCUUUCAUGUUUAACGAUUCUUCCUCCUUUUAUUCGUCAGCUAAAAUACAGUCAACUAUUAAUUGCUUUCAGUUAUUUUCUUAUUCGCUCAAGUGCUUCUACAAAUCAGAUGUUCAGCACUCCAACUCGUCCAAUUGAUAAUGACACACUUGCUUGUUUUCGAAACUAUUGGCGUCAUGUGAUAUUUGCUUAUUUUGACAGUCAAAAAUCAUCUCAUAUCCAAACAGUUACACUUGAUUCACUCGCACGGAAAACGACUAUUCAUCCUCAUGAUAUUCUCUCCACUUUAUAUGUCAAUAAAUCGAUUAUUACAUGUUUAACUGAUAAAUCCACGAUUUAUCUUCGAAAUGAUCCUUCGUAUGCAAUGCCAUGUUUAAAUGAACUUUUACUCAAGAUUACGGAGCCAGUCGCACAGAACAAAGACAAGCGCAAUAAUUAUGAUCAGAGUGUAGGAGAAAUCAUUCUAGAUUGA